GAAGACAAAGCUAUGUCCCCCCCCCCCUCUGCUUGUCUUCCGUCUUUCUAGUUUGUGACCAUGUGUGAGAGACACUUCCAUCCAACAAGCACACAUGAUCAUUUGAGGACCUCAAGGGCGACAGAUUGCUUCCCGCUUGCCUCCCGCUGACUAAACUGACGGCGCUACAAUGCUCUUAAGGCCCAAAGGCAUGAUCCAUUGUGUGCGGUGCAUGGUCACCGAGGACAGGAACACAAGAAACUUUCCACUGCUUUUUAAUGGGGCAGGUAUAACCAUGUUAACGAGUGAACAACCCCCGUGUUCCACUGUGGACGGCGUUUUCUCUAGUUCAGAAUGAAGGUCACGCCAUCCAAAAGUCUCAAACCAAAGACUGAAAUGGACCAGAAGGAUGGAGUCCGAGACAUCCAGUAGUCCCGACUCCACGGCUGUGUCCGCCUUGCAUCGCUCCAUGGUGAUACUCAGGAAGGAACUGGAAAUGAAGAACAAACAGAUUGCCAAUCUAGAGGCCAAUCUUCAACGAGCCAUGACACCUCGAACCGUGGACAGAAAUUUCAAUGACAUUUUUGAGCUAGUAGAGGUGGUCGAGAGUGACACGGACACGCAUCAACGGUCCAGCCCGGCCUCACCCACCAAGAGUGACAAGGGCACAGACAAACAUUUUGAUCCCGGAACACCCACCGAGGAUCCAAUCAUGGCAUUUGUCCUGAGUGACGAAGAAGAACGCCAACCCGCUCAAAAACACUCGCCCACUACUCCACCUCCAUUUCGGAGAAUAUCCUUAAAGAUGAACGAGGAUAUCGUCAUUCAUACCUACAAUAGUAACCACCCUCAUCAGCCACCAUCCAGGACAUUAUCGUCUUCCCACUUAAAUCCGGAGCGACCCAUUUUGCAGACCAGUCAUCCCCAUCUACCCACGGCUGAUUCGGCCAUUCAAACGGAUAUCACAGCUGUCAAACCUCGACAAUGGGCCUCCGAGCCUCUCUUAGUCAAACGGCCUUAUCUUGGAACUAGGCAUGUGGGGAAAGUGGAUUUCGCCGGACGUGGUCGAUACUCGUUGUUGAAUCGGGAUUUCACCCCACAGAAAUCCAAUCAUCGGCUCAAUCUCUAUCCUCCGACCUCUGCCAAUGAUGAGCAAAAAUCGUCGACUUUUACAACGGAAAAUUCCAAAUGGCAAGUCAAUUUAACCUUGAUAUCAGAGGAUGCAUGGGACUCGGAAAUCGAUUCCACCGACAAAUUGCUCUUUAUUGCCGAAGAAUUUGUGAGCACUGCUCGCCGGAAGCUGGUCCAAAUCCAAGACUGGAAAGCCAUUUACGGACGUUGUCCUCAAAGGAUUAGCGUCAAAGCUUCGAAUAAUGUUGAUGAAAAGCAUCAUAUUUUGUCAUCUUUCAUACCGCAGAAGAUCGAAGACUUGAGAUUGGGUUAUGAAGUACGAUUCAUUCAUAACACCAGACUAGUCAACGGAACAAUUCGUUACAUCGGAAACACGGGUACAGGCACUAAUCCUAGGGUUGGCAUUGAAACGCAAGACGUUCUUGCCUCCCGAGAUCACGCAGUAGCCGAGUGGAAAGCGUUCUUUUCGUGCGUGAAGGGUGGAGUGGGUGUGUUAGUCAAGUUGGAGAAGAUCGUUCUUUGCUUCUCGGCCUAAGGGGGCCCACAGCCCCGCCAGACCACACAUCAAAAGCCAGAUCAAUAAAGGGUGGAAAUGAUUGAAUAUUCGGAAAUAGAGCUUUAUGUAUUAUGGUCAACGAUUCCACUUUGGAUAUGAAAAAUGUCGAACUUGAUCUUUUUUUUUUAUUUGACCUCCUUGCUUGUUCUCACUCUCUCGUUCACUUUCAACUCUGGAGUGACAAUUUGUGUGGCUAUUUCUCACAAUCUUUCGCUCACUUAUUCAUGCAACGAUGCUGGUUAUUUCUGAGAAACAAAAGGGAAACAAACAGACGGCAAGUUCAUGGGUAGUUGAUGACACGAGACGAGACGAUUGGAUCACGGGUAUUGGGAUAUUGGCCUUGCGAUCCUCGUGGAAAAGAGCCUAGGCGCGAGUUCGGGUUUUCCACGGCAGAGGAGGGAACAGAGAGGUGCAGAAAAGGUGACCAAUUACAUCGAGAUCAUCAUCAAACAGCGUUUUCGCAGUGAUAGCGGUGCUAGUGCAAAGGCAGACAAAUAUCUCGGCCCACUUGCUUUUCUUAAGUAAUAAGUAUUUUCGCGACGCUUGCUGUGUAUGUACUGCGAAUUGAUGAAAACAAUGGCCAGAUGGGAAGGAGGCUCCAGUUGUUCGGAAGUCGCUAGCUGAAAAGCUAAUUCUCUUGGCCAGUCACACGAGUUGGGUUAAAUGCAGUGGGAGGUUGUUGGUUGUUGGUUGUUGGAUUGGUUUGUUGAUUGGUGUCAGAUCAUGGAAAAGUGGAGGGGCGGAAAUAAGGCAGCAAUGAUUGUUAGUUCAAGAGCUCAA